UGUUAACGAAAAGCUCCAAGCCGUCACGCUCGCAUCCAUCCCCAUCCCCAUUCUCCAACGGCCACCCAUGGCCACCGCCACCCUCGCCGCUCCGCCUUUCCUCCCUUCCUCACCGCCGGCGCCAGCACGGACGUGGACGAGGAGGAGGAUGAAGACUAGGCCCUUCCUCCGCGCCGCGUGCGCCUACGCGCUCCAGGAGGGCCAGUCCCGCCGCUUCCACCGCCUGCCGUGCGGCCUCGACCUCGAGGUCAUCGCCCAGCCCCCGCCGGCGCCCGGAGAGCGCCCGCCGCUGGUGUUCGUGCACGGGAGCUUCCACGCGGCCUGGUGCUGGGCCGAGCACUGGCUUCCCUUCUUCUCGCGGGCCGGGUUCCCCUGCUACGCCCUCAGUCUCCGCGCGCAGGGUGAAAGUAGUGUUCCACAGGAGGCAGUAGCAGGCACACUCGAGACGCAUACUGGCGAUAUCGCUGAUUUCAUCCAGAAGGAGAUCCCCUCACCACCUGUACUAAUUGGACAUUCAUUUGGAGGUUUGAUUGUGCAGCAAUAUAUAUCAUGCUUGCAAGGUUCAGAACUUCAUCCAAAGCUUGCUGGUGCUGUCCUUGUAUGUUCUGUGCCUCCCUCUGGAAACAGUGGGUUGGUAUGGCGUUACCUUUUGACUAAACCAGUUGCUGCGGUCAAGGUGACACUCAGCUUGGCUGCAAAAGCAUAUGCAAAGUCAUUGCCCCUCUGUAAGGAAACAUUUUUCUCCCCACAAAUGGAUGAUGAACUUGUGUUAAGGUACCAAGCACUAAUGAAGGAGAGCUCAAAAUUGCCACUGUUCGACUUAAGGAAGCUAAAUGCAGCACUUCCUGUUCCUUCUGUACCAGAUAAUACAACAGAAAUUCUUGUCAUGGGCGCAAGCAAUGAUUUUAUUGUUGAUUCUGAAGGACUUUCUGAAACUUCAAGAUUUUAUGGUGUUCAACCAGUAUGUGUGGAAGGUGUAGCUCACGAUAUGAUGUUAGAUUGCUCGUGGGAGAAAGGAGCUGAAAUAAUCUUGACGUGGUUAGAGAAACUCACGCCAUGACUAAACUAAUUUUCAGUCCAACAGCUGUGUUCGACAUUUUGUAGCCCUGAUUCUUGUUGAUUCUUUUUGUUGGGCAUCUGUUGGUAGGGAGUUUGUAGCUACUGCUCGGAAACUGCUUCCAGUAUUAUUGUUCAAUUGGAAUAAAGUAGAGUUUAUCCUUUCAUUGUUA